AGAAGGAGCAGCUGCACCAAAUUAUUCCAUUGUGGCAACUGAGGACAAGGAAGCCUGGAAAGUCUUGCAUUAAUAAUUAAUCAAAAAAGCUGCUGCAGAAUCAGUGGGAAAACGUGAAAUAAUCUGAAUACUCACGUAGAAUAUCUGAGGAUGUAUAUCUACAGGUUAAAUGUUUAAAGCAGCGCUGUUAUCUUUCAACUUAAUUAUAGCAAAGGCAUUCUGGGCUGGGCUAGGCCGGUGAAUGAUUGCCGCAUUCACUCAAUAUUUGAGCAUUGGGAAGAAGCAGCUGAAAGAUUGACCCCGCCUUAGGAUUAUUCAUUGAUAGAAACAAUUUGAUGCAGUAAAUGCUGAGAGGCAAGGCUGUGUUAUUCAGAUGUUGAGCAUAAGAAUCAUCAACACUUCAGUCCAUUGUAAUAUUAGAUAAAGAAAUGGCAAAGGGGAUCGCAGAGGUUUUGACUAAUGUGCACUUUGUUCAGGGGACCUUUUCUUAUACAGGCCAGGAUGAGGAUGAGCUGUCUUUCAAUAAAGGCGAUAUUGUGAUUAUAUCAAAAGUUGUAGAUGGUGGCUGGUGGGAAGGAACAAGAGAUGGUAAAAUUGGCUGGUUCCCAAGUGCUUAUGUGAAGGAUGUCUCACCAGACCCAGAAGAGUUUGACAAAGAAAAGGUCACUCCACAGCCUGUUGCAGAUACCCACAAAGCAAAUCAUACUUUGGUAGUAAAGAAUAUGGUUGAUGUAGAAGAAGCACAUGUAGAGGAAUUAAAGAAUUUUCACGAAAAGUAUAUUAGUCCACUAAAGAACUCGGACAUAUUGGGACAAUCUGAUUUAAUGACACUUUGCGGUAACUUUGAAGAAAUUGUGCAGUUCCACCAGCGACUGCUAAAGGGCCUAACAGAUCAAUCAAAAGAGGGUUUGGAACAUCAAAGAAUCGGUGCUGAAUUCCUUACUCUUCUCCAAGAGGUAAAGGAACUUUAUAUUUCCUAUUGUGCAAACCAUCCAUGGGCGGCUGCUAUUUUGUCAAGAGAAAAUGAGAAAUUGUCUGAGUUCAUGGAAAGCAGGGGGGCCUCAAGCCCUGGGAUCAUGACAUUGACUACAAUGUUGUCAAAGCCCUUCGUUCGUGUAGAGAAAUACUCCAGUCAAUUAAAAGAGCUAGAAAGACAUAUUGAGGAUGAUCAUUGUGACUUUUUGGACAUUAAGAAGUCAGCACAAGCUUACCAAUUAAUCGCACUUGGCUGUAAUGAAACACGUAAACGCAAGGAGAUGGAGUUGGAGAUGUUGACUGGCACAAUCGAAGGAUGGGAGGGAGAGCCCAUCACAUCGUUGGGAAACAUCAUUCUAAUGACCCAAGUGUUUGUGGAGAAAGAAGAUGUGGAGCGAAAAGAAAGAUAUUUUUGUCUGUUUCCCGAAGAGCUUGUUGUCCUGUUUGUGAGUGUCGAGCUGGUUGGCUAUUGUUUUGAGGAACGACACAAGCUGGCUGAUAUCACCGCAAAAAACAUUGACGAUACAGAGGAAUUCUUCAAUGCUAUCGAACUUAAAGUCGAAGGCAAAAAAUGGAAGAUCAUGAUGGGAACACCACGUGAAAAGGACGCGUGGAUAACGUCACUGAAAGAGAAGCUAGGUGAUCGGUAUAGUUACGAUGUGCCGCGCGAAGGAAAAACUGUGACGCUAGAGAGAACGGAAAGUGCGAAGCGGCGAGAGAUCCAGUCAAUGCCGCGAUGGGGUAAUGAGCCGACCGAACAAAUUAUUAGGAGUUACAGCACAGGAUCGACAGGACCCGUCCAUCGACCUUCGUUCCGGAAACCAAUCACUGAAUUCGCACCGCUGCAUGAUGAAGAUACGGGAGCAAAGAAGGGAUAUGGAGGCCUUCACAGCUUGCAGAAGAAAGAACCCCCUGUCGCUCAAAAUUGGUCGUUUACUCGACUUCGUCCAACACCACCCUGGCAACCAAAUUUUAGUCGACUGAAAGCCGGCGAUGAUUUUGUGACAAGCCCUAGAACUAUGAGACGGCUAGUAUCUUCGAAAAGAGUCAAUAAAGUUCGAUCGAAAAGCGAAGAUGACGCAUUAGAUGCUUACACACCUAGUCGAAGUAACACCAGCUCUAGACGCGACACCCUUAGCAAGAAAGAAAACACGUUACGAAGAGAUAUAUCAAACGCAUCGCAGCUAUCUGGAGUUUCAGACACAAGUAUUCUUGAAGAGGAUAUGAUGAUUCUAAGCGUAAUCGAGGCCUACUGCUUCAGUGCGAGACAAAGACAAACAAUGAAUUUGGAGGACCAAUUGUCCGAUAAUCGAACGAGCGACAAGGCAAAAUUGAUAGGCCGGCCGAUUGGAGACACAGACGACGACGCCGCUGACCGGAAACGCAAAGGGAAAAUAUCAAAAAUUGCGGGCGGCUGCUUUCUUGGAUGCGGCCUAGCCAAACCAAAAACCCUGAGUCUGCAAUAAAUUAUGCAGUGAAUUAAGCAAUAAUAGAUCAUACAGUUAAUUAUGCAGUUGGCGUUAUUAGAAGUUUUGUUAUCCGCUAAAUCUCGCACGACGUACUAAGUGAUUUAGGUCUGCACUACUAGGUCUACAUUACGUCAUAGCCUGCACUACGUCAUUGUCUGCAUUACGGAUCGACAAUCAUCGACUUGACUUACUACCCAAUCGGUUAAAAUCUGAACUUGUUAUUGAUUGGCUGUUGCUUUGUCUUUUCACCAAUCAGACUGCGAGAAGGGAAUUCUCGACUGUAUGUACCGUAAAUCUAUCUACAAGUGCACUGCUAUCAGCUUUUUAAAGACUGAAAUGCCCUUCAUUCAAACAAAACAACUUGGAGCGUUAAACCCCAAAACAAAGUUUUUACCAAUCUCUUUUAAUGAAUGCAGACUUUGAUGUUAACUGUGUUUAGUUUUAUUUCAACACAAUCAUAAAAGCUUUUUCCAUAAGAUGCAAGUUUUUCAUUUCACGGAAGCAAAUUUCGUGGAAAACUUCUUUAUCGCAAUUAUGUUUCAACCCAGCAGACCUUAUAAUUAGUAUAAGAGUCAGGUUUGCUAAUUUCAUGUUCAGCAGUGCUAUGACGUCACACAAUUUUCUUUGACAUACCAUAUAGUGCAAGAAAUCUUUAGCACGAAUAUAUGUGUUACUGUCGGUAUAUGUGUUACCGAUAAUAUCGUAGAAUCAAAGCAAGGUUUCUUCUUAGCUUCAAAUCGGUGUUUUUAUUAUAUAUCAUCGUUUAGGAUGAUCAUGGAAGAAUCGAUUCAGCCAAACAAUGAAAAGCUAACCGUUUAGUGAUAGUCAGAUAGCAGUCAUAGUGAUCCUUUAGAAGAUUGUCUAGAAUCUAGAUCCAGUCAGUAGAAGAAACAGUUUUAGGAGUGGAUCACUCUCGUUUAAGAUUACGAUAAUCCAAAUUAAGAUUUGUGAAAAGCACAAAGUAGCAACAAACGCUAGAUGCAAAGUAAGUCGUAGCUCACUACGUACAAGGUAUUGUAUUUACAACUAAUAGUUUGAUCUGUGUACUGAUUGGAUAACGUGUUGACAUGCCUGCCCGUCCGUUGCCAGAAUGCGGAGGAGCGUUGCAACGUAGGGGAUUAUCUCAUGUUAAGGUCCGGUAAGGUACGAACACCAGCAAGAUUUCUGCUACUGCGUAUUUGCCCUGCGUAUAGCGAUAAGAAUCAACCGUGAAAUUUGCUUUGUGUAUCGUGAUACACAAGUAGACAGGCUCAGAAUUCUGUGAAAGCACAGGUUAAUGAAACCUGUCACGAUGAAAGCUGCAAUAGACGAAUCUCGUACUCGCGCUGUAUCUGAUUUGUUUUUGUUGUCAAUAACCACGAACUAACCCCCGUGUCAGUAACAUUAGACUAAAUUGCCUGCUAAGAAAAUGUAGGUGUUUAGGCCCAUAAGUGCCUGUUAUGGAGUUAAGGGGUAAGGGGGGUAAAUAAAGCAUAAUAAAGAAUUAGAUCGACAUCUCGAGAUUAAAAAUUAUAAAUAUCAGAUUGAAUUAUAUUGUAUUUAACCGGCUAUUUAUCAGUAAAUUGUCUGUAAUUUAUUUUUCUUUUUAAUAGUUCAGAUCUAGUUUUUUUUGGUAUAUGAGCAUUUGCGUGUUGUGGCGACGAUGAAUUGGCAUCAAAAGUAAAGAUAGUAUUAUGUUAAUAUAUUUGCAAAUUAUUGCUAGAAUUUUCUUAAAUGGCAUUUGUUAGAUUGGUAUCGGAUUUUAUUUUGAUAAAAGUUACUUAUUGAUAGAUAGCUAGAAUAGUGUCAUUACUGCACCUCGAUGUGCCGGAAGUGACAUCUGUGCAAUUACAUUCGAGCGAUCAUUAUUAGCAACAUAGAACUUAGUAUUUCUUUUAAUUUCAUCGUCAAGCUUGGGUAUAUUAGAGCACAAUGGUGAAAUGUCUGAGACACUUUGGGCUGAGUCGAUUGAAACAUCAGGAGUUUGAAAAUUCCUUCCCUGCUGAUUUCAACACUUUAUAGAGUUCCUGUUGCCAGCAAAGCGUAGGGUGUGACCGAGUCACCCAAAGACCCUUCCACCCUUUUCGUUUAUUUUGCAAAUGUCUGAGGUAAAAAAGACUAAAAUGCCCAUUUAUUCUUUCUGUUCUGUUUAGUCUUUUUCCAGCCACUUUGUCAGAUAGGGCAGGUCCUUGUCUUACAUCUUGUUACUUGCGCUGAGUUUCAUAGAAGUUGUCAGUCGACCAAAUGGGUGAUGGGAUUUGAGUUAGAAUUCCAAGAAUUUGUAAUGAAAUUACACAAAAGGUAGGCAGUUCUUCGCGUCCCGGCUGCGUGUGGUUUGGCACCCCCUCUAAAAAAAUAAUGCACCCAUCCUCCUGUAUUUCCUUUUUUCAAUACUUGACGCCUCAGGCUGCUCUUGUUUACAGAGUUUCUUUGCAUGGAAGAUUUUCUUAGUUCAUUAGAAUAAUUUAUUUUUCACGUCUCACCCUGGUGUUCCAUUUGAUUUCCCAUUGUGUCUCUAACCCUGGUAUAACAAAUCGAUCAUAUCGAGGUUUUUUUUUCUCUCGUGCAUAUCAUGCUAGCGAUACUUAGUUUUUUCGUUUAAAAGAAAGUUUAUUUUUGAAUUGUACAUAAGUGUUAUGGAUUGGAGAUUGUAUAUAGAUCGAUAAAUAGAAUAGGCGAUCGCGUUAGAUAUAAAUUAAGAGUGCAAUAAAACUGUUAUAAAUAAAACCGCUUAAACGUUGAUAGAUGAUGUUAAUGGAGUGAAUUAAAUUAUGAAUAUUUCAUCA